AUGGGAUUUGAGGUAGAGGAUUUCCUGGGAGAGCGAGUAGGAAGGAUGAUGGUGGGGUUCAUGGGGAAGAUGAAGAAGCAGAAGGUGAUCCACGACCCUCACGCGACGCCAAGCCGCCACGCGCCUCCUCCCCUGCCGCUCCGCCUCCAUGCCGGGACAACGUACUGGGCCUUGCCGGACGCCGAGGACCAACGGUUCAAUGCCGCCGCCCACUCCGGCCUCCACCACACCAGCCCGAACCGCUACUCGCGGGCGCGCGGGGAUGGAGAACCCCGACGGGCACGCGGGGGCGGGUCUGGGCAGCGACCCGUCCGGGCUCCCCCCACCCCCACCGCCGCCCUUGGACACCGCGGGGCGGGUCUGGGCAGCGACCCGUCCGGGCUCCCCCCACCCCCACCGCCGCCCUUGGACGCCGCGGGGCGGGUCUGGGCAGCGACCCGGCCGAGGUUCUCCCACCGCCACUCCCGCUAUCUCCCGGGGGGCGCCCCGUACGACGGGGCGCAGGCAGCCAACGGAUCCGCGUACCCGGCCGAGCACGCCUCGCUGAACGGGACCUCUGGCGAGGCGGCGGGGGCCAUGGAGAACGGCGCCGCCGCCGCCGAGAUGGCCGAGCCCAUGGUCCCCGAGCAGUUGUACGAGGAUGCUGUGGCUUCAGUGGAAUAG